AUGGCAGACUCGUUCGACCUACCCUUACGCCCAAUAGUGGACAAAAAUGUUCGCCCGGAUUCAUUGCCUAUUGAGAUCGCCCAGAUCAACAACCAGUGGGGCUCCUUUCGUGACGUGAAUGAAGAGGUUCUCCGAAACAAGAUCGCCGAAGAGAAGGUCAAAGAAGAGACAGAGGAAGAUGCAACUGAAGACACGACGGAGCUUGACUCGACGGAACGCUUGGAGCAACUGUAUAAGCGACGCGCCGAUAUCACCCAAUUCGCCAUGCAAGCCCACAUGGAGACCAUGUUUGCCCUUGACUUUGUAUCUCUGCUGCUUUCGAAACAGGCCCCACGCCAGGCCGAAACUUCCAUGUCACCCUUCCUCAAGCAAAUCGCACCUCUCGGUUCACUCAGUGCCGAAGUUGUGAACCCUCCACCGAAGCCAGAAUCCACAACAAAAGACAUUUCAGCGGUAUCAAGGGGAUGGCGGGUUCAAAAUUUCAACGGAGCCGCAAAUAAGCUCUUACAAGCCGCGUCCAGACUCGACACCGAAGUUACGUCUGAGACUCGGUAUUGGAACGAGGUUUUGGCUGUUAAAAACAAAGGGUGGAAAAUUUCUCGACUUCCACGCGAGAGACAAGCAUUGGGCGUGCAAUAUGGAUUUCUUGAAGCUACCCCGGCUUUCCGCGACCGCGGACUUGCCUCUCUGCGCCGAGCUGAGGAUGGCAGUCUUUUGUUAGACAAAGGAUUAAUUCCAUCCAAAGCCAGCUUUGUUCGGGUGCGAGUGAUACAGGGCGGUCGCCUUUCGGGCUGUUCGCAAUCAACAUAUCCCAUGUCAAAUGGCGAGGAAUCAAUCGAGGGCCGCAUACUUCAAGCACGCGACACUGUUUUCGAAGAAGAACUGUUCCACGAACUAGUCCGAGAAGCCAAGGCAAUUGCGGGCUUCGGUGUCACAACGCGCCAGAAUCUCAUUCAAAUUCCCGCUUCUGAAGAUUUGGAGAUUUUACUGGACUUGGUGGACGUCGAUGAAAACCACCCGCAGCCCGACCACGGUACUUCGAAAGAAGGGAAUUCUCUCGCAGAAGGACUGGCUCAUACAAUUCGCAUUCUAUUGACAUAUGCCCACCGCCAAAGCCUACAACGCCGAACACUACUUCCGCCUCCAUUGACCCCAAAGAAGCGAACGACCCCUGAACAUCAACUCCUUCGUCCGGCUCUGGCCUAUGUCCAGCACAUGUCUCACGUACAGUGGGUACAGUCUUUACUGAAUGAUGUCUUCGGCGUUCUGCAAUCAGCCAAUUUGACGCCUCCAGCGUACACGGCCAAGAUAUUUUCAACUGAACAGGGAAAAAUAUCCAAACCGCCUACAGUGGAAGCUCUUGUGGAAAACUUCCUCACACCACUGGAGUCCACGUUCAAGGGGGAGCUGCCGACCCCACGAGGCUCUUUUUCAAUCUCAAUAUCUACUAACCUCUCUGCGACACCCCAUGGGACCUACUUUGAUGUAUCGUUCGACAUGUCUACAACCUCCGACCUCGCCUCGCCUGGUCGUCUUUACCAAAGGGACGAAGUCGAAGCUGCUAUCACCCACCUCUUGCUGCUUGAUGUUGUCUUCGCCAUCUCAUCUAAUGAAACACUCAAAAUCAAGACUGACAAAAAGGAUCCACUGUUCUGGGAAGCGGUAUAUCCUCAACAUGGUGAACUGCUCUUGUCCUCGGAUUCACUCAAGCGCAAGAAGAUGAAGAUCAGGUUCUCCCGCCAUGAUUUAUCCCUUGAGACAUACACUGUACGGUGCUUCAACGGUUCUGGACGGGGAGAAAGGGAGAAUUCUUCCGUCGACUCUGAACCUCGCAUCUGGAAGCCCUCUAUCUAUUCCCAGUCAUUGAUGGAUCAUGUCCGAGACAUCACGACCCACACUUACUGA